AAUGUCGGAACCAGCACGUGACGUAUACGCAACGUUGGCUCGCGAGAUCGCUAGCUGGGGUUCUUUCGUUUCGCAAUGGCAGAUAAGCUCAGAGCUCCGUCCCCAAAGUGAUAAACUCGCAACUCGUCUGGAAGCUCAGUUCUAUUCGAGAUUCCGCCCGAGUCGGAAGCAAAGCCCAAGCCGAAUUUACAAGCACCCAGAUAAGCUUAUCGAGGCGAAGCGGAAGCCACCCCAGGCCAUAAUGCGGCUGUCAUUGUUAGGAGUACCCUUUCUGAUCCUCCUGCUGAUCUCGUCGGGGGACUGCCUCUCCAGAUCCAAUCACACUGCGGGAAAUGAAGUGUCCACCAAGCGGAUCCUUGAUAUGGCCACUAGCCGCAUGCGCAACAUCUGGUCUUUACAGCGCAGGAUCUUCCUCCAGCUCACGGCCAAGGGCAAGUCGCCGCUGGGCGGACAAGUGUUGAACGCCAAGCAGGAGGUGGAGGCGGAGACCUACCGACUGCUCUACGAUCUGGCUGCUAACCUAAGUGUAGUGCCAGUGGCACAACUGGAUGACCCACUUAUGCGCAGGCGUGUUCAGCGCAUGGCCAAGCUGCAGCUGCAGGGACUCCGGCCAAAGGACUACGAGCAGGCCAAGGACCUUCUGCGGCAAACGCACAGUUUUGUGAGCGGCCAGCUGGUUUGCCAACAGGAGGAUUGCUCAGCCCAUGGCCCCCUGGCCAUGUACCCACAGAUCGUGAAUAAAAACAUGCGCACCAAGCUUUACGAGGAUCUCUUUGCCAACUGGUUUGCCUGGCGCAAAGCAGUCAACGAGAAGGAGACGGCCAAGUCCACUUUUAUCGAUUACGUGCGCCUUCUGAGGAUCGCAGCCACCUACAACGGGCACGUGACGCCCUCGCGCACCUGGUACCUCAACUACGACACGGAGAACUUUCAGGCGGAACUAGAGGCGGUCGUUUGGGAGAUCAUGCCACUCUACCGCGAGCUACACGCUUAUCUGCGCCACGAGGUGCAGUCAACCUACCCCAAGGCGGACACAAAAAGUGACGGCGCCAUAUCGGCACCCAUAAUGGACCAGAUCCUGUCGCAGGACUGGUACCCGCACCAGUUCUUCCGUACCCCGCACCAGGGCAAACAGCAUCAGCUGCCCUCUGUUCAUCGCCGUUUGGAGGAGGUACUAGUAACGCCCGUCAAGAUCAACCGCAAAGCCGCCGAGUUCUUUGAAUCGCUGGGUCUAAAUGUUCUCACAGAGAAUUUCUACGAUCUCUACUCGCGGAGAAUGAAGGACGACGAGGGAGGGCCGGACUGCAAGUCGCAAGUGUACUAUUUCCCGCCGGACGUGGCACUACGCUACUGCCCCAAAUUGGACUACAAGAAGCUGAUGCAGACCCAUGGCACAAUGGCUGAACUUCAGUACUACCUCUACAAGGAGCAGCUGCCGUUCGGGUUGGACACGGAGCCAUGUCCUGGUUUCGGCGCUGCCAUGGCUGAGACAGUUGUUUUGGCCUCAGGCACUGCGCGCCACCUGCACCGCCUCCACAUCCUGCUGAACGACAGUCUCACGGAGCAGCAGUCGCUCAACAGACUCUUUCGCAUGGGCGUACACACUCUGAUAGCCGUCCCACAGUACUUCAUUAAUGACAAGUUCUUGGUGGACGUGAUGGACGGACGGAUCGGGGUGAAGGACUACAACUGCGCCUACUGGGGUCUGCAGGAUAAAUUCGCCGGAGUCCAGCCGCCAUCGCAAAGGAACAACAAGGACUUCGAUUUGGACUUUAAGUUCUAUCGUGGCAUGAACCCGGAAACCUCCAACACCAAAAAAUUCAUUGCCGAGAUCCUGGGCUUCCAGUUCUAUCGCUCCUUCUGCCUGGCGAGUGGCCAAUACAAGCCCGGAGAUCCCAAAUUCCCGCUGCACAACUGCGACUUCUACGACAGCAAGGAGGCGGGAAAGAAAAUGCGCGACAUGAUGCAGCUGGGAGCCACUCGCCACUGGCGUGAUGUCAUGGAGAUUGCCACCGGGGAGCGUAAGUUGAGCGGACGCGGCAUCCUGGAGUACUUUGCCCCACUCUUCACUUGGCUGAAGGAGCGCAAUAAGCAGCUGGACAUCGAGCCAGGCUGGGAUGCAGACGAAUUGUGUCGCAGGGACUAAAGUCCCAAGUAUGCUAUUCCCACUUAUCUUACCUUAUCGCAUAGAAUAAACAUAUAUAAACAUACCAAUAAAACCAGAGCGUACGACCUA